AUGACGAUGCUGCUGGACGGCGCGCCGCAGUUCCCGGCGCUGGGGGUGGGCGGCUUCGCGGCGCCGCGGCCCCACGACAUGGGCGGCCGCGACGCCGCCGCCGCCGCCGGCGUGGCCCUCGGGCCCUUCGGCGACUCCUCCUUCAAGCUGAACGCGGCCCCGCACGAGCUGGGCGCCGCGCAGGGCUCGGCCUUCACGCCGCAGGCGCCGGGCUACGCGAGCGCGCUGGGCCACCACCACCACCACCAUCACCACCACCACCACGGCGGGCAGGUGGCCUCYUACGGCGGCGCCGCCGCCUUCAACUCCACGCGCGACUUUCUGUUCCGCAACCGCGGCUCGGCGCUGGCGGAGGGCGCGCCGGGCGCGGCGCAGCACGGGCUCUUCGGCGGCGCGGCGGGCGGCAUCGCCGAGAGCCCCGGCUACCUGCUCUUCCCCGGGCUGCACGAGCAGAGCCCGAGCCACGCGUCGCCCACGGGGCACGUGGACAACGGGCAGAUGCACCUGGGGCUGCGCGGGGAGCUCUUCGGGCGGCCCGAGCCCUACCGCGCCGUGUCCAGCCCGCGCACGGACCCUUACGGCGGGCCGCAGUUCCACAACUACAACGCCAUGAACAUGAACAUGGGCAUGAACGUGGCGGCCCACCACCACCACCACCACCACCACGGCCCCGGCGCCUUCUUCCGCUACAUGCGGCAGCCCAUCAAGCAGGAGCUCUCCUGCAAGUGGCUCGACGAGGGCGCGCUGAGCCGGCCCAAGAAGAGCUGCGACCGGACUUUCAGCACCAUGCACGAGCUCGUCACCCAUGUCACCAUGGAGCACGUCGGCGGCCCCGAGCAGAACAACCACAUCUGCUACUGGGACGAGUGCCCGCGCGAGGGCAAGUCCUUCAAGGCGAAAUACAAACUGGUGAACCACAUCCGCGUGCACACGGGCGAGAAGCCCUUCCCGUGCCCCUUCCCGGGCUGCGGCAAGAUCUUCGCCCGCUCCGAGAACCUCAAGAUCCACAAGCGGACACACACAGGUGAGAAGCCCUUCAAGUGCGAGUUCGAGGGCUGCGACCGGCGCUUCGCCAACAGCAGCGACAGGAAGAAACACAUGCACGUGCACACCUCGGACAAGCCCUACAUCUGCAAGGUGUGCGACAAGUCCUACACCCACCCCAGCUCGCUUAGGAAACACAUGAAGGUGCACGAAUCGCAGGGCUCGGACUCUUCCCCCGCCGCCAGCUCGGGCUACGAGUCCUCGACCCCCCCGGCGGCGGGCGGCAAGGAGCCCAACAAGGCGCCCGCCGCCGCCAACCCCGGCCUGCCGCCCAACUUCAACGAGUGGUACGUGUGA